CGCUUUUCCUUUUUGUUCGGCGUGUGUUUCCAGUUGAACGUGAUCUAAGAGACUCUCAUUUUUCUCUAUUAUUUUCCUUUUUUUAUCCUAUUCAAAUACAAGUGUGUGAACUUUAAUCAAAAGCGAAAACAUAGAAUUACUAUCUAUCACAACAAUAAGCAUCAAGCAGUCAUUAAACGACGGAUUGAAACUAUUUGGUCUAAAAUCACGCCUUUUAGAUGAUAUCCAUAUUUCGUUAUAUUACUCGUCAAGUGUUUAAUCUGGGGCAGCCCUUGGCAGAAGAAAUCCCUGAUGUUGGACCCAACAAUGAGGAGGAAGAAAGUUCCGGUGAAGAACAACUAGACGAGUCCACCGAAACGAAUUCUGUCGCAAGUUUCCAUGAUGGUCAAUUGGAGAGUAAUGAUGAAGCAAAAACUGAUUCCGUCAGUGCUGACUCUGGAGUCAAGGUUUCCACUGACGUUACUGAAAAGAAAAAGGUUAAAGAUGCUAUAAAAUCAUUCCAUUGCGAUAAGCCCAUUCAUUUCAAGACACUUCCGCGUAGUAUACUCGGUGUGGUUGUACAGCAACUUGAGAGAACUAUCCAGGUAGAUACCGAUACCGAUACCGAAUCUGUUUCUUUUAACAUUGAUCUGGACAAAAUUGAAUGCACGUUUUCACCAAGAAUCAAUGACUAUGUCUUAAUGGAAUGCAAUGUGGAGUUAGGCGAGAACAAUCAGGAUGAAGUGGCGUCAGUGGUAAAGGUAACUCCAUCUAACAUGCAGUCAAAAAUGAAACGCAAAGUGACACGUGUCUACCAAGACUGGGUUGUCCUUUCGGAUUUCAGUUAUGUUCUUAAAGAGAAUUGCCCGAUAACGCUGCAUUUGGAUGAUAAUGUCCUGGUCGAUUUGAUUGAAUGUAAAUUUUUAACUUUCACUAACCGUGCCAUCAAUUUGGAAGUGAUGGAAAAGACUUUUGCUACGGCAAAAAAAGAGAGUACACAACAUGGUAAUUCCCUAUUUCGCAAUCUUCCUAUUGUCUUUGAUGGAGAUCGGGCCUUUUUUACCGAACUUUGGAAGACAUUCACAGUGGAAGUGAAAGUAACAAAUAAAAUGCAUCGCAUUGCUGAAAUGCUUUCAGUUAAAGUGCUCGAGGAGAGUUCAUCUCAGUUUACAUUGAUCUAUCCUAAAAACCCAAUUGACAUUGGGAUUAAUAAAUCGAUCGUAUUGACUUUUCAAGUGAAUACCGAAACAUAUGGCGAAUUCAGAGAACGUUUCGUAGUGACCUUUGAUAAAUUCAAAGUAACACGAAGUUAUGCCAUUGUGGUAGCUCGAACUUUGGAGGAGGCCAAAGUGGCAGAGACCCUACUGAUGGCAGGCGACUAUCACUUUGUGCCCGGCAAGACAACGAAUCAACGCAAUCGUUUGUAUGCCAAUAAGGUGUGGGCCAAUGAAUUUAAUGUGAUCCCCGGCGAGUAUUUACGGCCAAGAAUACGAUUCGUAGCGGUUCGUUUACAACAAUAUGAAGUACCAAAGAAACUGUCCGAAAUGUUCUUCACCUUGGAGCCGCGUAGUCAUAUGAAAGAAACUGUUGAACAAGAAUAUCCCCAGCUCCAUUUACCGCUCACAAUCGAUAACUAUAAAGAGAAAUUCAGUCUAUUUUUAUAUUUUGAUGAAAUAACCGUUUUCUAUUCAUUCCGAAACUUUGACAUCGAACGAGGACGUUUUCAACGUGACGGUGACUUUUUGUCCUUGCGUGUUGAAAAUCUAGCUGAACGUCGUCCAUCCCUUGUUGUGGGCGAUUCAGUCCAUGCCGUUGCCAUUUGCCAGGUCGACAAGAUAUCGAAAAUGAAAUUCGAAGGUGUAAUCCAUAAAGUUAUGUACGAUCGUGUGCUUCUUAAGUUUCAUUCAAACUUUCAAACCAACUAUGUCAAUGAAGAGUAUCGCGUGGAAUUCUUUUUCUCACGCUACGCGCUAAGGAAACAGCAUUAUGCCAUCGGUCGAAUUGUUGAAAAUAUGGGUGAGAGUUUCCUAUUUCCCAGGAAAUUGGUUAAACGGGACUAUCCUCAGUUGGAUAUAAAGAUGAAUGAGAAAUACGAAAUGUUCUUGUUUGAUAGCAAAAUCGAUUGGUACAAUCCAUUGUUGAAUGACAUACAAAAACAAGCAGUUUUCAAUAUUUUACGCGGUGAAUCGGAUAAUAUGCCUUACAUAAUAUUUGGACCACCGGGCACAGGAAAAACUGUUACCAUGAUUGAGACAAUAUUGCAAAUUAUGCAUUGUUUGCCUCAAUCUCGGCUCUUGGUGGCCACUCCAUCGAACAUGGCUGCGGAUUUGAUUUUGCAACGAAUUCUCGACAGCGGAUCUGUACCGAAGGAUCAAAUUAUACGUAUGGUGUCUCAAAAUCAAAUUGAAAAGGACUCGAUACCAGAGAAUUUGAAAAGUUAUUGCGGCACUUUGGACCUAAGCGCCUCGGGAACUAUGGGCACCAUGGAAGAAGCGACAACAUCUGGAAUGAGAUUGGGUUGCAAAAAGGAUUUUAUUGGUCGUCGGCGAGUUACGGUCAGCACUUGCACCACCAUGGGCAGCUUAUUGCAAUUGCAGUUUCCAUCGGGUCACUUCACCCACGUCUUGGUUGAUGAGGCUGGUCAGUGCACUGAACCCGAGACCAUUACCCCGAUAGCCCUUUUAUCGCGUAAACGCUCUCAGGUCAUCCUAUCAGGCGACCCAUAUCAACUGCAACCGGUAAUUGUGAAUAGUUUUUCCGCCGCUAAUGGAUACUGUAAGUCAUUUUUGGAACGUGUGCUGGAAUUUGAGCCGUAUUCGAAGGAUUUGAAUCGGUUUCCUACCACCUCCGGUUAUAAUCCAUUUGUGGUGACCAAACUUCUAAACGGUUAUCGUUCGCUUCCCUCCAUCAUGACUUUGUAUAGUGAAAUAUUUUACGAUAACGAUCUAAUAUCGAAUGUAUCCGCUACGGAUUCGCCGCAAGAAAAGGUUUUGGCAAAGGUACAGGGAAUCUUUCCUCCAGAUUCGAAAAUGUCUCCGUCCCAUGGUGUUGUUUUUAUUGGCGUCCUGGGUGAGAAUUUGCAAGAUGAUGAUUCACCAUCAUGGUAUAAUAUGAUCGAAGCUACGGAAGUCUUCAUGAUGACCCUUGCGAUCUAUCGCUGCGAUGUCAAACCCAAUCAAAUAGGUAUAAUUACGCCAUACGUAAAACAAGUGCACACAAUUCGAAAUUUUUUCGUUGAUAAUGGAAUCGAUAUGCCGAAAAUUGGUUCUGUUGAAGAAUUUCAAGGACAAGAGAACGAUAUUAUUCUGGUUUCUACAGUUCGUUCAGCUGCCGCGUUGCUUAAGUUUGAUGCCCGUCUUGGCCUCGGAUUUGUGCGCUGCAAUAAACGCAUGAAUGUGGCCAUAUCACGGGCCCGUUCCCUCUUGGUCGUCUUUGGCAAUCCCUUUUUGCUGGCAGUUGACGAUAAGUGGCGUCUACUGAUACAAUAUUGCUGUGAAAAUAAUAGUUACUUUGGCUGCGACAUACCCGAUUCAAUUUUGGCUAAGGAAUCAUCACCUGAUGUAGAUGAAGAUGCCGAAAGUUGGUCCAGCAAUGACUCUUUUGAAUCUACGGACUUUGUUGCAUAGUCUUUAAAUCUCUGAUUUCUUUGUAUUUUUAAAUGGUCUAAUAAAAUAUCAUAGCCUA